GCCAUGUUCUCCGAUAUCAGCGCGCCUCGAGAAGGCUCGUCCCUCAUGUGCCGACCGACCGAGGACCCGGCGCCCGUGUUUGAUAGGGCUUCCACGGCCUACAGUCCCUGCUCGGAGCGCUUCGGAGUUGGCGAGCGGAAUUUCAAUCGUCAGUAUGCUCAUAUCUAUGCAGCACGUCUCAUGCAGAUGAGUCCUUUACUGAAGGAAAAAGCACAACGAAAGUGGGGAUCAGAAGUGCUUGUCCGGAAGCUGUGUGAUCUUCAGGCAGGGGAGCAGUGUUGCAUUGUGGGAACUCUGUUUAAGCGGAUGGACUUGCAGCCAUCCAUCCUAAAAGAAAUCAGUGAAGAGCACAACCUCCUGCCCCAGCCUGCACGAGUCAAAUACAUUAGUGACAACGAUGAUCUGAUUCUGGAGGAUGAGCUCCAAAGAAUCAAGCUGGAGGGUGCAAUUGACAGAGAUAGGUGUGUCACAGGUAGUGUUAUUGCUGUAUUUGGAGCUGAGAGGAAUGAUGGGAAAUUCACAGUGGAGGACUUCUGCACAGCGGAUCUCCCAGAACAGACUGCAAGACCUGCACUGAAUUCUGACAGAUUUGUACUGCUUGUCUCUGGACUCGGUUUGGGUAGCAGUCACGCAGACAGUAUGCUGGGCCUACAGCUGUUGAUUGACAUGGUAACGGGUCAGCUGGGUGACCAGGGGGAGCAGAGUGGAGCGGCGACGAUAUCGAGGGUCUUGGUGGCGGGAAACCUCCUUAGUCAAAGCACGCAGGACAAGGACGCCUCAACUAAGGCCAAGUACCUCACCAAAAAGACUCAGGCGGGCAGCGUGGAAGCCAUUCGCUUGUUGGACGAGCUGCUACUCCAGCUGGUGACUUCAGUCCCAGUGGAUGUGAUGCCUGGCCAGUAUGACCCCACCAACUAUACACUGCCUCAGCAGCCUCUACAUCACUGUAUGUUCCCUUUGUCAUCUGUCUACCCUACACUGCAGCUGGCAUCUAAUCCAUACCAGGCCACUGUGGAUGGAGUGAGGUUCCUUGGCACCUCGGGUCAAAAUAUCAGUGACAUCGAACGUUACAGUAGUAUGAACAGUCAUCUGGAGAUUCUGGAAGAAACUUUGAGACUACGCCACCUCGCUCCUACUGCACCGGAUACCCUUGGCUGUUACCCAUUUUACUUGAAAGAUCCAUUCAUCUUGGAAGAGUGUCCACAUGUGUACUUCAGUGGGAAUGCCCCAGCGUUGGAGUCAAAGCGCCUCACAGGUGCCGCUGGCCAGGAAAUCCUUUUAAUCACUGUGCCAAAGUUCCACAGCACCCAAACAGCGUGCCUUGUCAACUUACGCACUCUUGAAUGUGAGCCAAUCAGCUUCUCGGCAUUUUCAGCAGGUGACGAAGACGAUGGCGAGAUGAACAUCAGCCACUGA